GCAAGCAAUUCCUCCGAACUCAAUCGGGUCGUAAGGAGCAAUCAACGAGAAGUUGCCGAAACCGUAUACGUGAAGGCAGUCCACUGUCCUCACCAUUACAACGAUGCCAGUGUAUUCUUCCAAAUCCUGCAAAUAUUUGAGUCAGCCAUUGAGCUUUUGGCGGGCCUUGCCACGAUUGUCGUCCGCAUUUCGAUCGAAGGAAGGUUCAAGGCGGUGUUUCAUUCCAUGCGGCAUGAUAAACUCAAACACAACUCGUCGCUUUUUGUAUCACCGGGAUAGAAACUGAUUCAAGUAGAUUGUGUAGUUCAGCGACAAGAUCACAGGCCGCCCUUGAAAGAAACAAUAUUUGCUGUGACGGACAUUCACGUUCUUGGCGUGACAUACUCGUGACCGAAGUGCAUUUUCAGCGCCGAGGCUGUGUCGGUCUAAAGAAUUGAAUCUUACACCGGGAUCUUACUUAUCCGCCAAUCCCACACCACAUCGCCUCACCGUCAAGGGUUUGUAUUUAAGUAUCGCACAGUCGGUGUUCUCAACUUACACGAAACCUCCCGCCUCAAAUAUGUACGUCCCUGGUCUCAGCCCGCUCGGUCAACGACUCUUUCCACGCAAAGGUGGUGGAGGUAAAGGCGGCGGAGGUGGCGGAGGUGGGUCCAAGGGCUCUAGCGGAGGUAGCAGUGGUGCCUCCAGAACACCAGUUUCUGUUUCGGGAAAGUCACCUAAAUCGGGCUCCACCGUCUCAGCAUAUGGUGCUGGAGGUGGAGCCAUUUCAAAGAUACCCUCUGGUCAAGCGUUUGCAGGGCGGAGUGUUGGAGGAGGUUCGAGAGACCAAGUAUACGGAUCAAGAACGUACGGUAGUGGAUACCCUUCGACUUACUCGCCUGUCGGUAGAGGCGUGGGUGGCCUUGGUUUCCCAUUUUACUUCUGGCCUGUCGUUUGGGGCGGAGGCCUUGGGUAUGGAGGCGCGUACUUGUAUAACCAUGAAUUCGGCAACUCCGACAAUCCUGAUCGACCUGGAGGGCCAAUGACUGUUGCACAAAUCAAUUCCAACUCAAUGAACAGCACCUUCCAUGUUCUUUCUGACAAUACUACCGUUGCAGCGCUCAUCACAGCAAUCUCAUCGAAUUGCACCAUCGCUUCCAACUCAUCCACGGCACCAUCAGUGUUGAACUCUUCAGAUCCAUUUGCACCACGUCCGGAACAGGUUGUCCAGUAUUACCGUGCUAGCAGCGUCGCUCUCACCUUGGAGGGAUACAAUGAUACGACAGCACUACAAGAGAAUUCGACAGACCCAGAUGUCCCGAUACCUAGCUGGGUCGACGGUACCUUGCUGGAUUGUCUGAACCAAACGAUCGGAGCUGCGGUACCUCUAGUAGAUGCAGCCACUACCACUGCGCCUGUUACAGCUGGCACAUUGCUGCAUUCACCGGCACUCAGUUUGCUAGUCCUCGUUUGGCUAUCAUGUUUCUUCACGAACUUGUUCUGAUACCUCUACGUUCCUUGUCCCUUGUAUGUAUUUUCUAACUUUACUUCCCAUCUGUGGAUACCCCGCUUCCAUCAUUUCAUUUGCGGCGUACAGUAUGUGACCAUAUACGUUGCCUUUUAGUUGUAGCAUACAGCGUUUGUAGUAGUAUACCAGGAUUUGCUUACUGUCACAGUCUUUAGGCUCUUGCGAAAGAAUCAUGAUGCGCCUAGUCUCCCAAAGGCAGAGACGUAACCCUCAGGA